AUGGAUUGGGACAGUCUCUUCUUUAACACCGCAGCGUUCAUUGCCGGGGUCUUUGUCCUUGACUAUGGUGCUGAUAAAUUCAUCGAUCACACUGUGAUCGUAGGCCAGCGACUGGGCAUCUCACCGACUCUUAUUGCCCUUUUGACUGCUGGAGCUGAAUAUGAGGAGCUCGCUGUCGUUGUCGCUGCAAUCCUACAACGUCGCACCCCUUUAGCCCUGGGCAACGUCAUGGGAUCUACAAUUUCUAACAUCCUCGGUGCCUUUUCGCUAGGGCUUUUAUGUCAUCCGGGCAGGGGCCCCUUUGAUAAUAGUGCGAAGAUAUAUUCUGCGCUCCUGUUCUUUGUCACCACUCUAUUCGUCAUCUUGGCAUAUUUUCAACAGCUGAACAGAGUUACCGGUGGGAUUCUCAUCGCUCUAUUUGCACUCUACAUUGUCUCUAUUGGAUAUGCCAUUUACAGAGGUAUCAGUGAACCGCCUCAGCUGUCGGAUAGUGAAAGUGACGAUGAAUCAACCAAUGUUGGUGAUGAACAAACACUAGGGCAGGGUGCCAGGUCAUCAGCUUCAGAGGCUUCUCCUCUGUUACAAGAUACGAGUACGCCCCAGGAAAUGAUGAAUGCAUCCGUGAACAAGGACAAAAGGCUCCCGCGACCGCUUUAUCGUCAUGUCCUCCAACUUAUUUUUGGACUGCUAGCGCUCUCCUUGUCGGGAUAUAUCCUUGCCCGCAGCGCAGGUACCAUCUGUGAUUCUCUACAUCUGUCAGGAACUGUCUUUGGCUUAACCGUGAUCUCUUUUGCCACGACUCUGCCAGAGAAGUUGAUUGCUAUUUUCAGUGGCUUUCGUGGACAGGGAGGCAUCAUUGUUGCAACAACAGCAGGGAGUAAUAUCUUCCUCCUAACGCUAUGUGUCGGUAUUGUCGCGGUGACGGGAAGGCCCCUCGAUCGGUCAGAUACUUUUGUUCUAUUUGAUCUUGUGACAGUUUGGGUGUCCUCUUUGUCCCUCCUAGCGAUCGUCUUUUUGGGAUCCCACCGAGUUGCUGGCCUAGUACUUCUUGCUGCCUACGUGAUUUUUCUAGUCAUGGAGUUCACCGUGUACAGGCACUGA